AUGGGAGACGCUGAUUCGGCCAGUAGCCAGAAUAGCUCGGCGGAUGGCGAUGGCAAGAAGCAUAUCUUGCUCAAUGCUUUUGACAUGUCGACCGUGGGACAUAUGGCUCCCGGGCAAUGGAAGAACCCCAAAGAUAAGUCUGCGACCAAGCGAAAUCUCGAAUACUGGAUAGAGCUGGCGAAGCUAUUGGAGCGGGGUGGGAUCAACGCUUUGUUCCUGGCAGAUACAACUGGAGGCUAUGAUACAUAUGAGGGCAAGCUGGACGAGUGUAUUCGGCGCGCGGCGCAAUGGCCGGUGACAGAUCCGACUAUCCCUAUUUCUGCAAUGGCUGCGGUGACCAAGAACCUGGCAUUUGGAAUCACAGCCUCGACUUCAUUCGAACAGCCGUUCCUCUUGGCCAAGCGAUUUUCCACCUUGGACCAUUUGACCAAUGGUCGAUUGGGUUGGAAUAUCGUGACUUCAUAUAAGAAGGCGGCCUUCAAAGCCAUUGGUGUGGAUACUCCAAUUGAACAUGACGAACGGUAUCGACAGGCGGAUGAGUAUUUGAAGGUGCUUUACAAAUUGUGGGAGAGCUCGUGGGCUCCUGAUGCGUUGUCACCAAACCCCGAAGCGGACUCGUACGUUGACCCGGAUAAAGUCCGCCAUAUCAAUCACAAGGGGAAAUACUUCUCAUUGAGCACACGGCACAUCGUCGACCCAUCCCCACAGCGGACGCCCUUCCUUUUCCAGGCGGGCACUUCGCCUGCCGGAUCGGAGUUUGCUUCUACCCACGCUGAGGCGAUCUUUGUCUCUUCUCAUUCGCCAGAGGUGUUGCGACCAAAGAUUGCAGCUAUCCGCAAGUUAGCCGCAGAGCGAGGCCGCGAUCCACGUUCAAUCAAGUUCUUUGCUACCUUUACGCCCAUCGUAGGCGAGACUGACGAAGAGGCACAGGCUAAGUAUGAAGAGUUGAAGAAGUACGCCUCGGUGGUUGGGGGUCUGGUCCUUUUCAGCGGAUGGACCGGAAUUGACAUCUCCAAAAUCCCACUGGACCAAGAGAUCACGGCUGCAGAUUCACUGGAAGCAGGCAAAAUAACUAGUUUGCUUGACUCGCUACUCAGAACUAGCAAGGAUAUCCCACGCUGGACGCCUCGCGUGGUUGCUGAGAAGGCUGCAAUUGGUGGUCUGGGUCCAGUGAGCAUUGGAAGCCCUGCUACUGUUGCUGAUGAGAUGGAGCGUUGGGUUCGAGAGGCAGACCUUGAUGGCUUCAAUGUUGCCUAUGUUACCACACCUGGCACAUUUGAGGAUGUUGUUGACCUGCUCAUCCCGGAGCUGAGACGACGUGGUCUUUAUCCUGAGCUUCCAGACCCCUCCGAGCCACCUCUCACAGCCCGUGAAAAGGUUUAUGGCAAGGGACAGAAAGAGCUCAGGGCUGAUCACAUUGGCAGCAAGUAUAAGUACGAUGUGUAUCAGGAAGAGGAGCCAUAUGUUGAAAAUACCGAGGAGAAAUGA